GGCAUGGCGUUGUGUGACUUCCCGGUACUCACUCUGCUGCUGCUGCCGCUGCUGGCGCGGCUCUCGGCCGGGGACUGCCCGUGCUCCGAGGCCGCUCUCUGCCGGCCGAUCCGCCAUCGCCCCGACUUUGAGGUCUUUGUAUUUGAUGUUGGACAGAAAACCUGGAAAUCUUAUGACUGGUCACAGAUUACAACUGUGGCAGUUUUUGGAAAAUAUGACUCAGAACUUAUGUGCUAUGCUCAUUCAAAAGGAGCCAGGGUAGUGCUAAAAGGUGAUGUAUCACUGAAGGAUAUCAUUAAUCCUACCUUCAGAGCAUCAUGGAUAGCUCAAAAAGUUGAUUUAGCCAAAACACAACAUAUGGAUGGAAUUAAUAUAGACAUAGAACAAGAAGUUAAUUGCUUAUCGCCUGAAUAUGAAGCACUGACAGCUCUGGUUAAAGAAACCACAGAGAGUUUCCAUCGUGAGAUUGAGGGAUCACAGGUAACUUUUGAUGUGGCUUGGUCACCAAAGCACAUAGACAAAAGGUGCUAUAAUUACACUGGGAUUGCAGACGCCUGUGACUUUCUUUUUGUGAUGUCUUACGAUGAGCAAAGUCAGAUCUGGUCAGAAUGUAUUGCAGCCGCCAAUGCUCCCUACAAUCAGACAUUAACUGGAUACAGUGACUACAUCAAGAUGGGCAUUAGCCCUAAGAAACUCGUAAUGGGCAUUCCCUGGUAUGGCUAUGAUUACAUUUGCCUAAAUCUCUCAAAGGAUGACAUCUGCACCAUUGCAAAGGUCCCUUUCAGGGGGGCUCCCUGUAGUGAUGCUGCAGGACAUCAAGUGCCCUACAAGGUGAUCAUGAAGCAAGUAAAUAGUUCUGUUUCGGGAAGCCAGUGGAAUGAAGAACAGCAAGCUCCUUAUUAUAACUACAAGGACCUUGCUGGCCAGUUUCAUCAAGUGUGGUAUGAUAACCCACGGAGCAUCUCACUAAAGGCAGCAUAUGUCAGAGACUAUGGCUUGCGGGGCCUUGGCAUGUGGAAUGCAAACUGUCUUGACUACUCAGAUGAUGCUCUAGCCAGAGAGCAAACGGAAGAAAUGUGGGGAGCCUUAAAACCAAGGCUGUGAUGGGAGAAGCGUCUUUUGUCAGACUCUUAGCUUUGUAGGACUGACCUGUGUAAGUAGAUCGACCUUCUUGAAGAGAUAAAAAUGUGUAUGUUGUCAUGUUGCCCUAACUUACUUAUUACUAUACCCAAUUACUCAGGUAAGAAAUUAAGACAUUUUUCAUUUGUAUUUGAAAAAAUACAUAUCUUAGAUAUACAGGAAUAUAAAAGCAAGAAACAAGUCAAUUUACUCUAUAUUCCUCCAUGUUUCAGUAUUAUAAUUAGAAAAGUUUUCAAAAGUUCAUGCUGAAGUUUCACUCCUGUUAUUGAAAUAAUUGUUAAAAGUCAAUACAAAUUUUAAAAAUAUGUGUAAAAAGUAGACAAGUGAAGAUAAUGGGGAAGGAAGUGCAUAUGACCAUAGUAUGUUACACACAUGUACAGAAUAUUAUAAUAAAGCCCAUUAUUUUGUAUAAUUAAUAUGUGCUAAUAAAAGAUUGACAAGAA